AUGAAUGGUAGUGUCUGUGCCGCAUACUGCAACAAGAACAACUUCAUCUACGCGGGAACUGAAUACGGAGACGAAUGCUAUUGCUCGAACAUAAUCGGAGCGCCUGCUUCUCUACAAAAUGACACUUCAUGCUCCAUGCCCUGCACAUCAAAUUCGACUGAAGCGUGUGGAGCCGCAAACUACAUCUCUGUUUACUUCGCCAACAAGCAGGCUCCUCAAGGACCACAGGUCAAUCCUGGACCAUCAAACUGGACUUCAUUUGGUUGUUGGACAGACGGCAAUCCACGGACUCUGGCGAACAGGGUGCAGACACCCGGAGAUACUUCCAAUCUCACGGUGACGUUAUGUACCAGUACCUGUGCUCAAGAAGGAUACACUUUAGCUGGAGUGGAAUACGCUGGUGAAUGCUACUGCGAUAACUAUGUGUCAAAGAACAGCAUGAACACGACUUUGAGCGACUGCAAUAUGCCAUGCAACGGAAAUUCGAGCGAGUAUUGCGGCGCUGGCAACCUUUUGAAUCUCUACGCUUCCGGCACAACCGUACCUGCUCUCAAGCCAGUGGCUAAAGCUCCUGCUACUCCAAUCAAUUGGUUGAGCUUGGGUUGCUACAGCGAUAGCGUUCAGACGAGGAGUCUACCGAAUGGCCAGAAUGUCCCUGGUGGAUCUAAGAACAUGACGAAUGCAAAUUGCAUUUCUUCUUGUCUCGCUGCGGGAUAUACCAUUGCAGGGACAGAAUACUCGGUAAGCAUCAGAACAGCCGAAUGAUAUCUUCUCGCGUGCAAGAAGUCUGCUUACCUCUUAUAGGGCGAGUGUUACUGCGGGAACGAGUUCGAGAACAACGCAAUGCCUGUCACUGAUGGAAGAUGCAGUAUGGCGUGCAAUGGAAAUAGCGGCGAUGUAUGCGGAGGUCCAAACGGUCUUUCUGUCUUCCAAUUCAACGGAUGGUACUACCAAGCCUGUUACACCGAUUCUGUCCAGGGACGUACUCUCAAGUCUGGUCAACCUGUCCCUGGAGGAGCGAACAAUAUGAGUGUGGAAAACUGCGUCAAUGCGUGCUCCAAAGCAAGCUACAAUCUCGCGGGCGUUGAGUACUCUGGCGAAUGGUAUAUCAAACGCUUUACAUUUGUCGAGAGCACAGCUGACCUUUCCAGUUUCUGCGACAACUCAAUUAGCAAUGGCGGCGGACCAGCUGCUGAUGGUGAAACGCAAUGUGAGUGGACGCGAAAGACGAACCUUCUUCUCCAACUCAUGAUCAUCUAGGUAACAUGCCGUGCUAUGGAGCUCAGUACGAAAUGUGUGGAGGUCCAAACAGACUCAACCUCUACGCUUUCAACACUACGAAGAUACCUACGACAGCCUCCACCUCUUCGGUGGCUACAUCAGUAACCUCGACUGCCUCCACUACGCCGAUGUCUGUCACUCCAACUGGCAGCAGCGUAUCAUCAUCGAUCGCCACUGGAAGUACCACUACUGCUAGCGGCCCAGGAACAAGUACUGCUACUGCGACCAACCUAGUCAGCGGUACGUCUUCGUCUAACAUCCCAUCCACGGUCGCUGGUACCCCCGUGGACGGUGGCAACACGAACACUCCCACCCUUUCGUCUACCACGAGCUCAGCAUCACCCACUCCUUCUGGACUGAAUGCGACAGCCAUCUUGCCAUGGAAGUACCAAGGCUGUUACACCGAUACUGGAAACGGCAGAUCUCUGACUGGGGUCUCGCCUCCGGACUCUCAGAACAAUACGAUUGAGUCUUGCAUCAGCGCUUGUGCCGCCAGUGGCUACACCCUCGCGGGCUUGCAAUACGCUCAGCAGUAAGUAAUUUGUAUGGAUCCUGUAUCCGCCGUUUGCUUAUGACCCGUUGUCUAGGUGUUUCUGCGACAACUACCUUCACGCAUCGCCGUCUCUAAGGCCUGAUUCUGAAUGCAAUAUGCCUUGUACCGGAAACCAGGCUGAGAUGUGUGGUGCCGGAGGACGCAACUCCAUUUAUGCGAAUGGCACUUUGUCCAACUAUACCGCCCCUGGCCCACUCACGAAUGCCACCAUCCCGAACAAUUGGACUUACGCAGGAUGUUAUCAGGACAACGUGAACGUAAGUGAUUGGGCGGAUUAUAAGUUUGCACGAGACAUGCUGACCACUUGGCUACCAGAACCAACGUGUCUUGCCUUACCAGCUGAAUUUUCCAAAUAACAACUCGAACGUGAAUUGCAUAUCCAUCUGCCAGGCAUUCGGGUAUCCUGUGGCGGGUACAGAAUACAGCAACCAAUGUGAGUACUCGGGAGAAGAAGGGACCCGCUGUGACUGACCUCUGUUUAUAGGCUUCUGCGGCGACUGGUCUGAUGUAGUCAGCACGGGAGCUCAAAAGAUGGACGAGAGUGCCUGCUUCAUGAGGUGCUCGAACGACACGUCUGGAUCCAACGGUGGCGAAAUUUGUGGUGGAGGCGGUACGCUCUCUCUCUACGUCUACAACGGCACCACCGCGAUGAACAGCUGGACCUACGCCAGCGGCAACGCUGCAGGAGCCUACCAGUUUCUUAUCGGCGGCGUAGUCAUUCCGCUCAUCACUACUCCGGCAAGAAACGGCAAGGUCACCUUCCUAGAGAAAUUCGGUACUUCUACAAACGCCAGCAGCACUGGAGCUUAUGAACUCGACCUCGGUCAGCUGAACAACUUCACUGGUGCUUGGAGGCCCAUGCACGUCAAGACUGAUGUUUUCUGCUCUGCUGGUCUUACACUUCCGGACAGAGCAGGUCGACAGAUCAAUGUCGGUGGAUGGUCCAGGCCUUCGACACAGGGAAUUCGUAUUUAUUGGCCUGAUGGUUCCCCUGGUAAGAAGCAAACUACUUCAUAUCCGAGACACUUGCUUACCAUCUAUUGCCAGGUGUGUGGGGGAAUAAUGACUGGCAAGAGAACGUUGAUGAACUUCAUUUGCUUGAUAGCAGAUGGUAUCCUACUGCGAUGAUGAUGGCCAACGGUACGCUUGAGCUUGCUGACAGCACGCAAGACACUAGCUGAUGUUCAUACUUAUAGGAUCCAUUCUCGUCAUGGGCGGUGAAGAAGGCUCCAAUGGUGCUCCAACUCCGACACUGGAGCUGUUACCUGCUGUCAACGCUCAGUCCCAGUAUUGCGACUAUCUGAACCAGACCGAUCCCUAUAAUCUUUAUCCCUUCCUCAUCCAAAUGCCAUCCGGGAAUAUCUUUGUCGGCUACUACAACCAGGCCAAGCUGCUUGAUCCCGUCUCUUUGCAGCCAGUCAUGGAUCUGCCUCAGAUGCCUGGAGCGGUCAACAAUCCGGGAGCUGGGCGAACGUAUCCUAUGCAGGGCACUGCGGUUGUCCUUCCACAGCGAGCACCGUACACUGACCCAGUUGAGGUGCUGAUCUGUGGCGGCUCUACCGCCGGUGCCGCUGUUGCUCUGGACAACUGUAUUACAAUCGCCCCGGACACCAAAGGAGCCAACUGGACUCUCGAGCGUAUGCCGUCUAAGAGAGUGAUGCCCAACAUCGCAGCUCUACCAGACGGGACGUACCUCAUCGCCAAUGGCGCGCACCAGGGUAACGCUGGCUUUGGUUUGGCUACAAGCCCGAACUUGAAUGCCCUUCUCUACGAUCCUACCAAACCUGUCGGUCAGCGAAUCACGGUGAUGGCCAACACCACCAUCUCCCGUCUCUAUCACUCUGAGGCGGUCCUCCUCGACGAUGCCCGUGUCCUCAUUUCUGGCUCGGAUCCCGAGGACAACGUCAACCCGCAGGAAUAUCGCACGGAAGUUUUCAUCCCACCGUAUCUUAUGGGGCUGAGCUUCAGCUGCUCGCAGGGAUACAAUUGCUCCUCCCGUCCGGAAUUCAAUCUGACCAAGAUCGACCUCGCUUACGGCGAUACGGCCACCAUGUCUAUCCUGCAACGUGGCGCAGGCGGCGGCUAUCAAGCCACGAUGAUGGGCGCCGUCUCUUCCACACAUGGGAACAGCAUGGGCCAGAGGACAUAUUUCCUGGCAACAACUUGUUCUGGAUCUUCCUGCACCAUCACUGCGCCACCCAACGCGAACGUCUGUCCUCCAGGCUGGUUCCAAGUGUUCUUGCUCGAUAGCAACAAAGUCCCCAGCCACGCUCAAUGGAUCAGAGUAGGAGGCGAUCCAGCCUCGUUGGGCAAUUGGCCUCAGAGUUCGGACUUCCAGGUUCCUGGUAUGGGACCGGUCGAGAGGCUCUUCUAA